UCUAUGGGUGAAUAAUAUGGACCAUUUUCCACAGUUGUCUUUGCUCCUUCUCGGUCUUCUCAUUGAGCAACUGGCCCAGCCCCGUGUUACACUGAGCUCCAGAACGGUUGAGGAUGGACACUGCAUCAUCAUCCUGACAUGUGCAACAGAAAGCAGAGGAUGUACUACCACCUACAGCUGGACAUCCUUGGGUUCCCGGACUGUGGUGUCCCAAGGAGGGUCUGUCCUCAGUGUCUCCGUGAGGCCCGGGGACAGUGAUCUGACCUUUACCUGCACAGUUAAGAACCCAGUCAGUAACAGCACCUCCCAUCUGGUCUCAGUGCCACGCUUCUGCAUAGGGUCAGGAACUCUGCUAGAGGACAUGGCAGGGGAGAUAGUGAUUGGCACCCUUGGGGAGUCAGCCACUUUCCCACUGGAGGUCCCAGUGGAUCAGGAGGUAGGAAGUGUCACAUGGAGCUCUGAAGGGCUUGUUGCUGUUUUGCAACCAGAACCAGGAGGCAAAUCAGUCCAGGUUGGUGACAUACAGGGAUCCUUUAGCAGACGACUGAGUACCCCCCACCAUGGCUAUUCUCUUCAGAUCAGCCCCCUGUGGCUGCAGGACUCUGGCCUUUAUAGAGCCUGGAUAACUCUGCGUACUCCUCCAGUCAACAUCACCAAGGAGUUCACCCUGCGUGUCUAUGAGAGGCUGAAGAAGCCCAAUAUCACUGCCAGCUCCCAAAUCAUGAGGGACAAGACCUCUGGGACCCCCCUGACCAGGGGGCAAGUGGUGUCCCAUGGGGGAGCCACUCUUAGUGUCUCCUGGAGAUCUGGGGACAGCGACAGCUACUACUGCACUGCCAAAAACCCCGUUAGCCAGAACUCUAGCUCCGUUUCCACCAGACCCCUCUGCUCAGCCUCCUUCCUUCCCUGCUCCCUGAGGAAAGAAUUUCUUCUCCUUUUGAUGCUGGGAUCUUUGAGGAUUGAACAGAUUUGAGCUGACCUUCGAGAAGGCAAGAAUAAUAA